AAACUUUUUCUAAUUUUGUUUCUCGUUUUAGCGGUUUUACACAUCUUUCUCUGUCCAGGUGCCUCCGCAUCGUCGUUCCCUGAGGAGGCCUCUCUGCCGAUCUCUUUCUCAAAUUGUUAGCAAAAAUAAUUUUCUUUCUUACCCCUCAUAUUGGAUUUCUUGUUUCUCUCACUGCUUCGGCCAUGGCUUCCGAGGGUUUCAGCGACAAAAAUGCUAUUUUUCGGAAGCUUCGUGCGAAAGCCGAGAACAAAAUGUGUUUUGAUUGCAAUGCAAAAAACCCGACGUGGGCGUCCGUGACUUAUGGGAUCUUCCUGUGCAUCGAUUGCUCAGCUACUCAUAGGAGACUCGGAGUUCACAUCAGCUUUGUGAGAUUGAGGUUCGAGCUUCGUCUGGCUGAUAGAGUUUGAGACAGAUCAAAGUGUCAAUUGUGAAAGUAAAGAACGGUAUUGAUAAAGCCUUGGCGUCGAACAUUGGUGGCGCUGGUGUAUAUAGUGGUUUCCUACCGGCAAUCUCCUGCCUCGCGGCCUUCAAGACCUCAGAGGAGGUGAUCGGGCCUUCGCUAUGAGCAUUCCCCUACACGUUCUUCUCAUUGAAUCCUUGGCAGCGAUGGAAGGAAAGAAAUCGCCGGUGGCUGGAGGAGCUGAGAAGUCAAGUACUGCCUGGAGAAGCUGAGAAAGUGAAUUAUUUGAAGAAAGUCUCAUAGCAAAAAGAAAAUAGGCUUCGAGAGAAAAGAAGAACACGUAAUGAGUGAAAAAGAAAAAGUACUUAAACGGUGGAGAUCAUUCUAAAUGAACGGUGAAGAUGCAUUUGUAUUGCUAUUAAGUAUAAGGAUUCUAGUAUUGGAUCUUUAAAUUAGGGUAUAAUAUCCUUUGGUUUUCGGCUUUUUGCUAUUUAUUCUCCUAAAUAAACUACAUAAAUACGUACUUCGAGGGAUGAUGAUAUUAUUCAUAAAGCAAUGUUUAGUUUUAAUCAAAUCAAGUGACCAUGUUACUUAGCUUUGGUUUAGUAGCUUGAUUUGCCAUUGAUGUCAUACAAAUUAAAAUUUUUAGUAUGGAGAUGAAAAUGCCACUUGUGCCAUUUGUAAGAGCAUAAAAAAUAUUUUAAUGCCUUUAUUUUAUUUCAAAAUACACUUUCAAAGUGUCAAUAGUUUUUUAGAGUUCAUUCUUUAAAUAGGAAUAAAAUGAAGUUAAAUUCCAAAUAAUAUAAAGGCGGAAAGCAUCUACUUAUUUGAUAAUUGAUGAAUGGAUCCGAUAAUAUACGCAGCAGCUAGGGAAAUUGAAUUCAAAGGACCCUACAACUUGGUGAGUAAGCAGGUCUUUAAGGCUUUCUAGUUUCUACACUUUUUUUAUGGUUGGCUUUCUACACUCCGUAAGAGACUACACGCAUUGGAGAGGUUUUUAACUACAUACUCCCUAUUAUCUAAUUUUAAUAGCGUUUGGUCGCGCAAGGCGCGAUAGCUUAUGCCCAAUAUUAAAAUAAUAUUACCUCAAGGAAAUAAAAAAUUUGCCAAAGUAAGAGAUGCCAUAUUAUGUGAGAAUUUAAUGGGGCAUAGGGUAAGGAACAGAUGAAGCCAAAGUAGUUUUUUAAAACAAAUUAUUAUAGUUGUGUAGGCUACCUUUAUAUAUAAUUUUAUAUUUUUUGAAAGGAAUUUCACAGGUUAAGAAUUUAAACUCAAUGAUUUUUUAAAAGCAAUAGUGUAAGAAUAAAUGAUUUUCAUUAUAUACUUGAUACAAGGCUAAAUAUUUGGUGCAACUUAAUUUGCAAAUUGACUUCUUUGUUAACCCAAGAGCAUGAGGGACUAAAUAAAAUGGUUAUAAGAACAGUAAUGACUUAUUACAAUAUUACACUAUCUGUAAACAUAUGUAUGUACAACUCUUAUGCGAUAUAGACUAUAUCGUUGCCAGAUGAGCUGACGUACAUGCUCUCUAAUCGCAGGAAUCUCUUACCGCAUGGUAAGAUGUGUGUGUAAGUAUCAUAAAUAAUUCAUAUUUCUACUAAUUAUUCUAUAUGCAAUCAUACUCCUUGAUGAAAACGGUUAGAGACACAAGACGGGGGUGAAUUGUUUGUGUGUGGAACCGUGGCAGUUUUUCGCCGAGUUCUAGUGUGGGAUAUAGGGAAUUGCGAAAUAGUAAAGUGCACAAGAAUUUAACAAGGAAAAAUCCAUUGGCUCAAAGGGAUUAAAAAACCUCGACCUCCCUCGGAGGAAUUUUAACAACUCCACUAAAAAGCCUUUGAAUGAUUACAAGGGAAACUCUCCUAGUCUACCCUUGAGCCACCCCAACUCAAUCCUCUUUAGGAAGAGUUACGUCUCUAGCUCUACCUUGUGGGUAGAGAGCCUCUCAGCUUUACAACAAAGCUCUCACACACACAAACCAACCCGAGGAGGCUACUCUUAGCCAAUCCUCAAAACCCCAUUACAAUAUGAAGAAGGGAAAUAAGAAACUAUAUCUAGAACUCCGAGUGAGCAGGUUCAGACGCCUUGGACUUUGAUAUUUCUUUUGUGAAUAUGUCUCUUCAGAUUUUUGUCUCGGUCAGGCUGCCCUUUCUCUUUUGCUUCUUCGAUUAUAUAGGCUGUCUUGAAUCCGUUGGAGCAUUCUUCCUUUGAAUAGAUGAUCUUCUAAUCUUGGGACUUGCCUUGAUAUUUUGAAUUGCUUUCCUUUCAUAAUAUUUCUCAUAUCCAAGCUCAACAUAUUAGGUAGUCAACCAAAAUAUCAAGGUAGCAAAUUAAUCAUGCAUCACCUUACGUGAGGUUAAUAAAGAUUCCAAGCAUUUCGAAUUUAUUUCCAAAUAAGACAGGCUUCGGUCAAAAGCCUGGAAAUUAUCAAACAAGGGAGCAACGGCCAUAAUAAGUUUUCCUUUUCAAAAGGGAACUUUCCUCUUCUAGGAUAUUUCCAAAAGGUAUUCAAUUGACAUGAUCAUUUUCAAAUUAUUAGCAUGCUACGGUCAUAAGUAUUUAAAAGGGAAAAUUCCUUUCCAUAAAAGUUAAUCAAUUUAUGCAUGCAAGUCAAUUUAAAUGAUGCUACGUGUAUCUCACUAAUGUCAUAAAGGAGGGAUUUAUUUCCAUAAAAAUUAAUCAAUUUAUGCAUGCAAGUUAAUUUACGUAUAUCAUGCAUACACCCUACUUUAAGCACAUAGAUGUAAGAACUUGGAAUAGUUCUAUCCAUGGUUUUUAUAGAACCUGCAUGGUUAGUGAACAACACAAUAAUAAUGUCCAUUUGGACCUAAGGAUAAUUCUGUCGUUUGUUCCUUAAGGGCCUAUGAGCGGUUAUGUCCGUCGUUCCACCUGCAUGGUUAGUCAUCAACAAAACUACAUACUCAACACUCCUAGCUUCCGGACCAUAAAUGAUAACAAUUAAAUUAUUGAAACACAAAUUAAAUAGAAUUCAUGCAAUCAACCCGUAAACAAAGAAACUCUGGACAAUAAGAACACCCCAAAUCUCUAAGUAAAGUUACUUAAAAGUCAUCAUUGAAUAAUCAAUAGAAUUGAGAUCAUAGAAGCUAAGAAAAGAUUUACUUGUCAUUAUAAAAAAAGUUUAAUACAGAGUAGAAGAAUUAUAUUAGUAAGUUGUUUGCGAAUGAAUAAAAUGUUGUAUGUAUGUAUGUAUGUUAAUACGAUUUAUAUACAUACAUUAACAAUAAUUAGUAACUUUAUUAAAGCAAUAUGUUAAUACGCAGUGGCGGAACCAUCUCGGAGACCUUGGAGGGGCACUAAUAGGAAAGCGAACAUCUCCGGAAAAUGUUGCAUCCACUAUCUCGAAUAUACUACAUAUAUAUAAUUUUAAUUUAUUAUAGAAAAUAAUAUCUUGAAAAGUAAAUUGAGAAAUCACAAUUUCAAUUACAUACAAGAUCAAAUGUGAGAUUUUUUAUGGAACCAAAAAGCAAGAAAUUAAAUAUAACAUGUCAAUUUAAUGAUAAAGUUGCCAUAGCAAAAUUGUGAUUCCUACCCAUGUCCUAGAGAGCGAAAUGGUACAUCACCAAAAUUUGAAUACAGCUAUUUAAGGUCAUUUUAAAUUAAUUUAAAGCUUUAAAAAGACACAAGUAAAGCAAAAUAUUAAACACAAUAUUUCUUGGGAGGGCGAUAACUUAAACAAAAUAUUUUUUGGGAGGGCGAAAAUUGCUUUUUAUUAUAUAUAUACACUAAAAUUUUUUGUUGUUGGGGGGCGACCGCCCCCUGGGUCUGUACUACGGUCCGCCCCUGGGUAUAUUAAUUUGUGAGUGUUUGACCGGCCAUCAUUAUCCACUUACGUAUUUAAAUCAAUAGUUAAAUAAGGUAUAUAUUUUAAGCAAUUAGUACAUUAUCAUUUUUGUUUCAUUGAAUUAAUACGUAUUCAUUCUGUGUGCAUUAAAAAUUUAUUCUUGUGUAUUUAGAUCAACAUGUAUCAAAGGAUGAUUAUUAACUAGUUCAUCGUGUAUUACAUAUAUAUUGAUUAUUGUGCACUAUUAUAAGCAUUAGAUGUACGAUACUUUUUCAUGUGUAUUUAUUCUUGAUGAUUAUGCAUCUUAUAUUGGCUCUCGUGCAUUAGAUAUUGACUCUUGUGUGUUAUAUAUUAGUUUAAGUUAUGUGAAAUCCUUAUGCAUUAGAUAUUAUAUUAAUUAGUUUUUAAUUGUUGUGUGUCAGAUAAUGUUCUUUGUGCACUAGAGAUUGGAUUUUCUGCUUAAGAUAUCUGGUUUAAUUUUUCUUAUAUGUAUUGUGUGUUAGAUAAUGGUUCUUGUGCAUUAGACAUUAGUGGUUGUGUGUAUGAUACAUAUUUUUGUACAUGCGGUAGCUGAAAAUGUUAUGUGGUUAAUUGUAUACUCCCUCCGUCCCCUUUUAAAUGUCUCAUUUUACCUUAUUGGGAUGUCCCUAUUCAAUUGUCUCAUACCUUAUUUGGUAAAGUUUGUUUGACUCAAAAUCAUUCUUACUUUAUUCUUACUUUAUCAAUUAAUAUCAACCACACAAACCCACUUUUCUUAAAACUCGUGUCACCCUCCUCCGGGACUUUUAAAAGGGGACGGAGGGAGUACAUAUUAUACUUUUUUUAAAACAAAGUUAUAUAUGACAUAUUGGUGUCAUAUGAAAGAUAAUAAAAAAUUAUUUAAUUUGAUAUAAUUUUUGUUAAAAUCAGAUUAUACUUUAAAAAGUUAAAUCAAUUUUUAAACUAAAACAUUUUAUAUGAUUUGACCAUUUAUCUCACUUCCUAAUUUUUUGGUAAGUGAUAAGCAUCCAACGAUACUACAUUAAUGGAUUUUUUUGGUAAGUGUAUGGUUAAGAUUUGUUCUCACUUCUUACAAUAAGGAGUGUUCUCAUUAGAACCACUCCCUAUAUAUAUUGGUUCAAAUGAGAACACCCUUAUUGUGAGAAAUGAGAACAAAUCCUAGCCACUCAUCUCUCUACAUCCGUAUACCAUUUUAAUCUUUUAUUAAUGGGUAUUUUAGUAAUCAUGCAUGAGUAGAUUAAUUUGGUAUGUGUUUGACCGGCCACCACUAUGUAAGUUUCGCAUCCUACGUAUUUAAUUUUAGAUGGAAUUUGACUUUUUGAAGCUAUAUUAUAUUUUAUUGAACAAAAUAAGUUAUUUUGGAAGCAAUUAACACAUUUGCGUUGUCGUUUCUUUCCAUUAAUAUAUAUUCAUUUCAUAUGCGGAUGUGCAUUAAAUAAUUAUUCUUGUGUAUCUACAUUGACAUGCAUCAAAGGAUAAUUAUUAACUCGUGCAUCAAAUUAUGAUUUAGUGUAUUAAAUAUUUAUUCAUGUGUAUUUCAACAUUUGUCAAUUUUUGUGUGUUAGAUAUUAGGUAUUGUGCAAUUCAAUUAAGUACAUAUAUUUAGUGCAUCAAACAAGUGUAAUUAAACCGUGUAUUAAAUUGUGAUGUAUUUUCCAAACGUUUGUGCAUCAAAUACCAAUUAUUGUGUGUUAUAUCCCGACUAAGAGUAAAAUGUCAAUUCAUGUGCAUUAAACAUUGAUUGUUGUGUGUUAGAUACUGAUUUUUAUGCGGUACAUACUUAUUGUACCGCACUACCGCAUAUACGUAUUAUGCAUUAGAAAUCAAUUCUUGUGUGUUAUAUAGUAGCUUAAGUUGCAUGAAGUCCUCAUGUGUUAAAUAAUAUUAAUUAGUUCUGAAUUGAAUUGUGCCCGAGAUACUAAUAUUUAUGCUUAACAUACAUAGUUCGGUGCUUUAUAUAUGUAUUGUGCAUUUGUUAAUGAUUCACGUGCAUUAUAUCUUGUAUAAUUGUAUGAGUUCUUGAAUGUUAAAUGAUCAUUCGUAAAUCAUAUAUAUGGCAAGUUCGAUUUUAUUAUUAUAAGCUACAACUUUAUUUGAUAAUCAACUUUAAUUAUGUAACGAAUUAUCAUAUUUUGGGGAAGCAAAGAUACGUAACCCACUAAUUCAUCAUAAAUGCUAUUUUCACUAUGACAUUUUUGCCCCUAGAUAACCUACGUAAAUUAAUUUCUUUGGAGAUAGAUAUUAUAUUCUAUGCCUAUCCACACCACAUUUAGGUGCACGUGAGAUCAUCCAUCCGUUUAUUAACUAAGAUUAGCGAUUAGGAUAAGUUCUCAUUUCUCACAAUAAGAGUUGUUCUCAAUUAGAACUGCUCCUUAUAUAUAUAUAUAUAUAUAUAUAUAUAUAUAUAUAUAUAUAUAUAUAUAUAUAUAUAUAUAUAGGGAGGAGAUCACAUACAAACACUUCUCCCCAUACAAAAUGCAAAUCAAUUUCGUGCGUCCGAUUUAGGCAAAUCAAUGGCCGAAACCAUUUUCCUCACCGUUACCUUUCGUGAGCCGCGAAGGAGGAGACCGGGUAUUUUAAAACCCGUUUAGUAAUUAAAGGAUAAAGAUGUCAUUUGAUUUUUUUUAAAAUGGAACCGCCAUAAUACGGAAAAGGAAGGAAAUCCCUCUUGCGCACAAUCCCCACGUAGAUUCGAACCGCCCAUGUAUAGCAAAUCAGAAAAAGGAAAGAUGCAGAGGUUGUUUAAUGCUCCAACUAGCAAAGGUCUGAGAAGCUGGAAAAUCUCCUUGAGAGCGGCGAAAGCUUCAGCAUAGACGAAGAACGUCAUUUGUGAAGAAUAACGACCGGUGAAAUUCCAUUUGCGCAAAUGGCUUCAGUUCAAGAAGAACAUGCUCUGCGACAAGCCGCUUUGGCGUGCGAAGAAGGAACUCGACAAAACCACCAAACUGUUCUACAAAAGAGAAAGAAAGCAGCUCCAUGUGGGAGUAGUAUUGCAAAGAAAAAGAGGGUGAUUAAUAAGGGGAAACAAGUGCAAGUGCAGCCGGAUGGAGACAAGAUUACUGGGCUCAUGCAGUUACGUUCUAAGCUUGAGAAACAAAAGACUUUGAGCAUGCAGCGAGAGGAAAGUAGGAGCAAAUCAAGACAUGACUUUCAAGGUGUAUUUAUAGAAGACAAUUUAGGAAUGGAGUUGAUGGAAAAAGAAGUAGAGAGAAGGUUGAAAAAGGAAAAUGCAAAAGUUGCUGCAUCCAAGAAAUCCGGGAGCAUAUCAAGAGGCCAGUUGAAAGGAUCUAAGGCUGCUCGUGGAAAGAGAAGCACUGGUCAAGAAAGUGGUGAAAGAAGGAGGAGUGGAAGGAUAAACAAGGAGACGGAAGUGUGCUAUCAAAACGUUAAUGAUGUGGUGGUGCCUGAUACCGAAGAUGGCAGUGAGGCAGACAUUCAUGAAUGUGAGGAAGCUGACAGUGAUGAAGAUUUUGUCAAUUUACCAAAACAAGUGGUGAGAAAGGAAAAAGAGCGUGAGGGCAGACCAAAGAAGAAGGAGAAGCGGGCUGUUGUGAAUGACUUGAAGGAAAAGUACCACAGCCUCUACACUAGAUCAUCACCGAAUGUGGUGAUGAAUGCUAUUUCGAAAUUGAGUCACAAACAGCGAGAACAAGUGCGUGAAGUUGGAUUUGGGGCUUUGUUAGACCUAGGAAUCAGAGAGUUGCCGUCUAAGCUUGGUUAUUGGAUUGUGGACAACUUUGACCCAAUUAGUUGUUCACUAAAGUUAGGUAAAGGAAGGAAAAUUCACAUCACAGAAGAAGAUGUGGAGCUGGUUCUGGGAUUUCCACGCGGUGACAAAGCAGUGUUAAAAAAGGGGAAAGGAGAUAAAAGCGAAAUGCUGGAUGAGUGGAGGGCUUCUUUCGGAGGAAAGGAUAAAGUUUUGCCAAUAGAGGUGGUGCGUGAAAUACUAAGAUGUGAGGAAGGUGGAGAAUGCUUUGUGAGAAACUUCAUAAUUCUCGUUAUAUCGACCUUGAUAGAGAAUACAAGGAACGGAUAUAUAAACUGCUCUUUCAUAAACAAUUUGAAGGACACAAAAGGAAUCAAAGAUUUAAAUUGGUGCGAAUAUGUGAUAAAGGCUCUAAUUGAGAAGAAAAGAGAAUGGGCUAAGGGAAAGGAAAAGGCAUUCACUGGUCCACUCCUUUUAUUGAUGGUGUUGUAUGUGGAUAGGGUGGAAGUAUAUAGAAGAAGUGUGCCUCGGAAGGUUCCCGCUAUAAUGGGAUGGAGCACACAGUUAUUGAGGGAGAGGGAAUCUGAAGAAGUUGAGGCUGGAGGAUUUGGGUUAGGGUAUGUAGAUGAGAAGAUGACAAUGAACCAAGGGACGGGGAAAACUGUCACCGCAGAAGAGAGAACCGAGGAUGUGGGACAGCCCUCGACGACAACGGGUGCAAAAGAGGACGUUAUGCAACGCUUUGCUAAUAAGACCAGCUUAUUUGUUAAGACAACAACUGACAUCAUGAAUAUGUUAGAUGCAUCUCCCGAUGUACUUCGUGGCAGUGAAGAGUUGAAAGAGUUGGGGCAAGCGGCGAAUAUGCUCGUGGCUGUUUUACAGAAGAAAAAUUCUCCGGAUUUUGCCACACCUACACAGAUGGACAGGGAGAUGGAGGUGUUUUGGUCAAACCCAGUCAACCUUGAAAUAUUAGCUGAAGCUGAGGUGGACGGUAUAAAGAGAACAAAGGUUCUUCAAAGGAGGGAAGAUAUGCCAAACUUUAGUAUAGGUCUCACACAAGGCGAUCCCCCAAAUAAAGUAAGCGGUGAUGCUCUAAUGGGGUUCGAGAAGAACAAUAUAAAUGAAAAGGGGAAGGGAAAAGUCGAUGCAAGUGUGCAGAUGCCUUCAAAUGAGCAAAUAUUAGCAGUUGGUGGUGAAUCAAGCUCAAAUAUAAAUAAUGUGCUGGAAAUCAGAAAGGACAUUGAAGAGACAGAAGAAUUGGGCCAGCUAAGAAGAAAACAAACGGCUGCAGCAACCCAGAAAUCACCCUACGUAAGAAGAGUUAUUGAUCUAAGUGCUGCAAUAACGAAAGAUGAACGCGCCAUGAGUGAUUGGAUACUUCUAGACGUUGCUGGAGAUGCGAAUGAGGUUAUUUUCAAAGCCCUUAACCAAUUGCAGCUUACCCGCGGGCAACUGAUGAGCAUCAAGGAUGGUCGACACAUCGAGGAAAGUGUAAUCAAUACCUGGGCAUUCAUUCUUAACUGUAAAGAGACAGUUAGAAGCAGUGAGUCUACAAGUAGAUUAUUUGCUAAAGUCUUGCCUUGUCUUGACACACAGGCGGACCUGGGAUUGAAUGAAGACCGUGCUUACACACUUUUUGCGGAAGCCAUUGACUUUGGGUUGGAGGCAAUUAAAGAUCACACUGCACUUUCAAAAGUUGAUUUGUUCUUCUUCCCGAUAAUGCAAGUGCAUCACUGCUAUGUAAUUUGUCUGAAUACUAAGCUGAAGCGCGUGGAUAUCAUUGACAGUUCAUCAGCUAGCGUACGCAAAUUUGAUAAAUACGGGGAAAUGCCUCAAAACGUGAUAAAUAUGUUUGUGAAGUACAUGGAUUCAAGGAAUAUGAUGACCAAAUCUGAUAAAGUGAGGAAGGCAACACCGAAGAGGCUAGGAAUGGAGUGGAGGCAGACGAAAAACAUUUAUGACUAUGGCAUCUUCACAAUGCGGCAUAUGGAGACAUAUCAAGGUCAAGGCUUGCAAGGAUGGAAUAUUGGGCUGAAGGAAACCGACACCAAACUGGUAGGGACGUUACGCGUGAAGUACAUUUCUGCAAUUCUCCUGAAUGAGAAGAAUGAGCACAUGCAUUCAAACUUGCUGAAGGCAAAGAAUUUUCUCAAGAAAGCUAAAGAAGAGAAUGAAAAGGUGGGAGAGAAGAAGAAGGGAGCAGCGCCCAAAUAAUCAAUUCAACGAAAUUUGAAGUUGACAUCAGUUUGACUAUAUUAAAAUUACAGUUUACAAUGACUUAUUCACAUUAUUUUUAAUAAAAAACAUAUUUAUGCUUACUAUUUGUGUGUGAAAGUUGACGUUGAAUAUAGUUGGUUUUAAUAUAUGUUCCAGGUUCACAUGAGUUUACAAUGAAGCUUUGUAAA